GUAACAUUUCUUCCUUCCCUACGACCGACCAUUAGAAAAAAGUGGCGGCACGGCGCGCGGUCCCCCGAUCCCACCUGAACCGCGGCUUCGCUGCGGACGCACAGCCCAGGCCCCGGCGCCUUCGGGAGCCAGCGGGCACCCUUCCUCCCUGCGAGAUUCCUUUCCAUUUCAAGGAGGAAAGUCAAGAUAUUUUUACUCAGUGGAAGAAUGAUGUAGUUUCAUCCUAACCUUCUUUUCUUAUGCUUCCAGAUCCCCUCUGGAAGGUUACGAUGGGAAUGAGCCUGACGACUUGGAUGGUUUCCCCGACUUGCUGCCUCUGCCCACAAGUUCGUCCUUCGGAAGUCAGGAAAGUGCAGCACGUGGUGGUGGCCUCCCAGCAACAAGGCGUGGCGGUGUAGACAGGAAUGGAUGAGAGCGGCUCGGGGGCACUCGCACGCGUGCUUCCGAAGGUGUAGUCUGGGGACGCCCCUGCGGGCCGGGCCGCAUGGCCGACUCCUGAGCCAGGAUGCUGCGCCGGGGGCUGCUCGCCUGGGCCUCCCGGGUGGUGGUCUUGCUCGUGCUUCUCUGCUGCGUGGCGUCUGUCCUCUACAUGCUGGCCUGCACGCCGAGGGGCGAUGAUGAGCGCCAGGGGCUGCCCAGGGCCAACGGCCCCACGGGCAGGGCCGGCUCCCAGGCGGCGGUGCUCGGCUGGGAGGAGCGUCACCGCGACCACGUCGGGAGCCUCAAGAGGCAAAUUGCGCAGCUGCAGGAGGAGCUGCAAGAGCGGAGCGAGCAGCUGAAGGCCGCGCAGCAGCUGGCGGGGGAGCCCGCGGGUGCCCCGGGCAGGGCCCAGGCCGACCUGCUGGCCUUCCUGCGCUCGCAGGUGGACAGGGCGGAGGUGCACGCCGGCGUCAAGCAGGCCACCGAGUACGCCGCCGUGCCCUUCGACAGCUUCACGCUGCACAAGGUGUACCAGCUGGAGACCGGCCUGACCCGCCACCCCGAGGAGAAGCCCGUGCGCAAGGACAAGCGGGACGAGCUGGUGGAGGCCAUCCAGUCGGCCGUGGAGGCCCUGAACAGCCCCGCCGAGAGCAGCCCUGACCAGCGGCCUUACACGGCCUCGGACUUCAUCGAAGGGAUCUACCGCACAGAGAGGGAUAAAGGCACGUUGUAUGAGCUCACGUUCCGAGGGGACCACAAGCACGAGUUCAGACGCCUGGUCUUGUUCCGGCCGUUCGGCCCCAUCAUGAAGGUGAAGAAGGAGCAGCUGAACAUGGCCAGCACACUGGUCAACGUCAUCGUGCCGCUGGCCAGGAGGGUGGACAAGUUCCGGCAGUUCAUGCAGAACUUCAGGGAGAUGUGCAUCCAACAAGACGGGAGGGUUCAUCUCACUGUCGUUUACUUUGGAAAAGAAGAAAUGGAUGAGGUCAAAGGAAUACUUGAGAACACUUCCCGAGCCGCCAACUUCAGGAACUUCACCUUCAUCCAGCUGAGCGGGGAGUUCUCUCGGGGGAAGGGGCUGGACGUGGGCGCCCGCUCCUGGAAGGGCAGCAACGUGCUGCUCUUCUUCUGCGACGUGGACAUCUACUUCACCUCCGAGUUCCUCAACACCUGCAGGCUGAACACGCAGCCAGGGAAGAAGGUGUUUUAUCCCGUCCUUUUCAGUCAGUACAAUCCUGGCAUAAUAUAUGGCCAUCACGAUGCAAUCCCUGCUUUGGAGCAGCAGCUGAAAGUUCCAGCUUGGGCUGCUGCAGGCUGGACAAGGGUGAUUCUGCACCCCGUCCCAGUUGGAGCCUGAUCAUCAUCCUCUCUUCCCCCGGGGAAGUUUGAAUAUCGCAGCUUCUUUGUCCGACUCUGUGUGCUGUGUGUGUAUACUCAGGUGCUUCGCACAUCAACACUGUGAGAGCUCUUCACUCCCCAAGAACCAAGUUUUACCUACUUAGGGGUGAUAACCGCCCCUGUUGAGACAGAGAAAUUUCACAUUUCCUUUCCAUAGAGUUCUUAGCUUCUCAUAGGGCUCUAGUGGGAAUCGAAUUCCAGGUUUAUUUUCUUUCAACCAUUCAGAAUAAAAGUUCCUCUGAUUUUAAACAGAGUACUGCUUUGCAUUUGAUGUUGAAUGGGCUUCAUGGUUCAGCUUCAAAUCAAGGCCUUACUUGCUUGCAGGGAAUUCAUUUCAUUGAACAGUUUAAAAGUUUCAUCCUUUUGUUGCUGUUCCUGUAGGGAAGCCGGAGGAUCUGGUCAAACCAGUUUCUCAGAUCCUCAGAAUAAGUGGUUGAGUCAGAAGCAGAACUCAGAACUCAGAACUCACAGCUCCGAGGCCUCUGAGCUCUCCUGCAACCUUGACCACUCACCUCCAAGUCCACCUGAGACCUUCACUCUUUCUCCUAGACUCAGCCUGGGUCACACAGCCGGCUAGAGCUCAGGUCAAUACCGGGAUUCACCUACCUAGUGUGGUGGAAACAGUUUUGCUUGGGAUCUAGGUGAGAACCGAAAUAGAAGGGAAAUGUCAGAGGAGAACAUCCAACCCCAGAAGUUAAUUCGGUUGAGAGAGGACGUGUGGGUGCAGAGAGGGGGUAAAAUAAAAGGUGGUGAUUGGAGGUGGGCGAAUUAGGAAAGACUUCCUGCCAGGGGUUCAUUUUGGCUCAGUCUUGAAACAUCCAACACAUACAUAUUAAUAAAUUCUCGAGAGCCUUCCCUGGAACACGUCAGUAUCAAGGGAAAGGCAAAGCUCAGAUGCAGAAUUCAGCUGUGACAGGUGACGGCCACGUCCAGACAAGAGGCAGGCUUUGCCAGCAGCCCUGCUGAUGUGACUUGGGUACCAGUUAUCACUUCUGGCUGCUGCCUCUGACACUGGAUGACAUUUGAUAACAUUUGCCUGCAGACAAAGGAGAGAAACCAAAUUUAAGGGAACUUCUUUUGUGUCCAGGUUACUUCUUUCUGUGCAUUUGAGUACAGUUAGUAAUCAGCAUUAAGUGAAAUCAUGGGAUUUCAUACUGUCGUUUGACCUAUUGAGUUUUAAACCUGAGAUGAGCCUUGCUGAUGCUUUAGUGUAGAAACAGCCUUCCAAGAAAGGAAUAACCCUAAUUUAAAUAAUUGCUAAUUUCAGACAUCCCCUUUCCUGGUUUGAGCCUUGUCAGUUCCUGCUGAGGCCCCGGGCAAGAAGCUGUCAGAAAUCCUCUCUCCUUACGCUCCAGUCUCUUUGUCACCUUAGGCCAGAGAUGCGAUUCCAAAACACAGAUUAAUUCUAUUAAAAAAAAAAAAAAUCUUUGAGGACUUUGCUGAUGGUCCAGUGGUUAAGAUUCUGUGCUUCCAAUGCAGGGGACAUGGGUUGGAUCCCUGGUCAGGGAACUAAAAUCCCACAGGCCCUGUGGUGUGCUCCAAAUGAAGUGUUCAAAGCCCCGUCUGUGAAGGGAGAAGGAGCUGCCUGUCUUCCAGACGUCAGUCCUCCCACGGGGCCUGGUUUGGACACCCUCUGACGUCUCAGAACAGAGCUGAGGAUAGACUUCCUUGCUGGUCCCAGCCACACCAGCACAGCCCUGAGCCCUGAUUCCUUUGGGGGUGAACUGCCCUCCACAAUCUGACACUCAGACUGAUCACAGAGGAGUUGUCUGCAGACCCUGGCACCUGGGUGUGACCCACUGCUCUGCCAGACAGGCAGCCCUGUCCGGGGUCUCCCAAGCUGCCACCCCGCCCCCCCCGCCCAGGGCCAUCUCCUCUCCAGCACUGAGGCCACGAUGCCUGGCUGCUCCCUCUGCCACGUGGUCCUGCCCCCCACUGUCUGAUGAGUGGUCAGCGUGCACCUGGUGUGCAGGCCCGGCCUCAGCUCUCUCUGCUUAGACCCUUCUCUCUCCUUUUGUCCAAAGAGAACUUUGCCACUGGCCCGCUGCUCUGCCAGGCGGGCAGCCCUGUCCAGGGUCUCCCGAGCUGCCUGCCCCCGUCCCCCAGGGCCAUCUCCUCUCCAGCACUGAGGCCACGAUGCCUGGCUGCUCCCUCUGCCACGUGGUCCUGCCCCCCACUGUCUGACGAGUGGUCAGCGUGCGCCUGGUGUGCAGGCUCGGCCUCAGCUCUCUCUGCUUAGACCCUUCUCUCUCCUUUUGUCCGAAGAGGACACUGGCCCAACUUUCAGUUUAAACUUCUAAGAACUGAUAACUGGGCCUGGGUCAUCCUUUGGUCUGUUUUUCUUUGUUCCGCUAGCAGACUCUCCCUGAGAACUGAGAGUCCCAUUAACACAUGCUGUGUCCGUGGCCUGGGGGCAGCUGGCAUUCUCUGCCUGCGUGGUCCUGUGAAAAGGACUGUCCCGCUCACAUCACAGGGAGAAGCUUGCAGCUCAGGGGCGGGUGCCGCUUGUUGAGAAGCCUCCAUGCUGGGGCGCAGGUUGGGGACUCCCUGACUGCAGCAGCAGGGGUGGGGGCUUGUUCGGUUCCCCGUGCUUCCAGGGGGCAGAGGGUCUGACUUCGGGUCACAGCUCCCAGGACUGAGUCCUGAUCCAGCACGAAAUCCUUCAGAAGAGACUUCAUUUUUUAAUGCAGGUAAAAGGAGACUGGUGGAAAAGUGUGAGUUACUGCAAGUCUUGGAGCAGGUUGCAGUUGAGUCCAUUCUUAAACCCAUUCUUUGAAAGACAUGGCUUGCGAAAUACCUUCCUUCUCAAGAAGUGGUCUCUGGCACGGCCACACUGGUGCUGCUUGGGGCUCGGGCCUGACUGGCUGAGUGUGUGACAGUGGGCGAGUCAUUCCGUCUCCCAGCCCGGGGCCUGUGCACACAUGGUGCAGCCUCGGGGCCCAGCCCCCCAGGGGCCUACGGCAGAUGAGGGGCAGCCUGGCCCCGGGACCCGCAGACCAGGGUGUCCGCUGCUCACUGUGUGAUGCCUGGCCCCGGGCAGGCCCUUCCCGGAAGGUGUUUACGGAGCAUCCCAGGACAUCAGCAGAGCAUCAGCCGGGCGAGAGGCAGGCCUGCAGACCCCGGGCCUGUCAGGUUUCCGGUGACCUGAGGCUUGCCAGACGCAGCAGCCUUGGUUCUGGGGAGCCUGUCUCUGACGUAGUGGAAGUAUUCUGCCUGAGUAUUUGUAGUUGUUUACCUUCUGACCGAGCAUGCUUCCUGCGUGACUGCGGGGAACUGCCUUCCUGCAUCUGUGGGAGAGGCCGAUCUGUGCUUGGUGUUCAGUCCUGAUCGGAAGUCAUCACUCUCGUCGCGUGACCACCAUCCUGCGGGGUGUGGCCGGCACGGGCAGUGCCUGCUGGGCUCAGGGCAUGACGACGGGGCUGGCGGAGGGGCAGGCGGCCUUGUGACUAGCAGGGCGCUGGAAACAGGUGCGAUCCCGGCUGGGCGAUGCUGCCUUUACGGCAUCACUGUCGUCUGCAGUCUCCUCCUCCUCUGACGUGGUGGACAUCGCCCGUGUGUGUCACUCUGCCCUGUCCGGGAGCCGGGGGCAUAGGUUCUAAGAAGUCGAGCCAUCUGCUCAGAGCCUAGGAAGGCGGAAGCCUUUCUAUCUGUGGGUCCAGAUCUCACAGUUCCGGGGGUCUCCUCGGUGGACACCUAGGCCUUGGGCUGAGCUCCUCACGGCUAAGCAUUCCCUACCCGAGCUGCACCUCUCUCCAGCGGCCGGGCGCUCUCCUUCUCUGAUGGAGGAGUGACUGAGGGCCGGCGCCUGUGCACGGUGGUCCGGGGGCUGCAGGUCUAGCCAUGAAGGAGACCCAGAGUCUGUGUUCGCCAGUGCUGGUGGGUGGGUUCGGAUGGCAGACAGAAACAGCCCAUCAGCAGGAGCACUUCUGGGAGCCAUGGUGUUUCAGGGGAAACGUAAACCAGCUGGCGGGACGCGAGGUGGGAGCUGACGCUCUCGGGGGGUCAGCGUGACCACUCUCAGCGGAGUCCCCAUGGUGGGCGACCCUGGCCGGGUGGUAUCCGGUGGGUGUCCAGCCUUUGGAGGCCUGUGAGCCUGACACAUUCACGGGGACCCAAGAUGGACAGGGCAGGCAGGAGCAUAUCACCCGGGGCCUCUGUGGGCCCCGGAGGCUCCCCAUGGGUUUUAUUCUGAUCGCCUUGGGGCGGAGGGAGCUAACCCACUGCAGAGCUUGGAUGGGGCCGGGCUGUGGUCUGACGCACACUUGAGGCCCCUCGGGCUCCAGUUGAAGGGCAUGGCCUCGGCCAGCGUGCCCAUCUGGCCCCCAGCGGUACCUGCUGAGGGCAUCACUAGGUCCGACCCCACGAAGGGCUGAAUGUCCACCUGCUCGUCCCAUACCGGCUUUCUGUGGCCUGCAGGCUUCAGAGCCCACAUUAAGUGUUUGUGUAGCUCAUUCCCUGCCCACAGGUCACCUUCCUCUGUCCCACUGUCCCCAGGCGAGGGCCACACCUUGCCGGGCUCUGCGUCCACUCAGCGGGUCCUGGCUGGCCACCUCCAUAACCCCUCUUUCUUCCCCAGCGCUGGCCCUUGUUUUCCCCACUUGGGGCUUUCUCUCAAGUUCCAGGGAGACCUCUGCCACACGUUUGAAGUUGGGGUGCUGGGGCGACUCUCUCACUGCAUUUUUACCCAGGCCUUGUCCCCACCACCAGAAAGGACAGGGGCCAUCAGUUGCGGGAGAAACAGUGUCCCUGCCACCGCUGGGAGGGAGCAGAAGCCAUUUCUAAAAAGGGACGCAGUGGAGAUUUUCCUAGGCUUUCCUGCCCUGUGAACUCUCUCCAGCUGAUACUAAUAAAUUAUUAUUGUUGCUGGGGGCUUAUCCUGCAGCGGGCCUUUGUUCUGGAGUCGAGCUGGGAGGACACAGGCCCCCUCCUGGCCUUUCUUCUCCUUGGUCUGGUUCAUGGCAGGCAGAGUGCCGGUGACCUCUGUGUGUGUAGAUUGCAGUGAAAUAAGGUGGUCUCAUUGGUUGCAGAGUAAAGGGAAUGUUAGGUCCAUCACCGCUUCUGCAGGCCAUUUGUUGAGUGUAGUCUAGCCUGUGGAGUGGAUAGAGUGCAACUUCCCAGGUGGCUCAACAAUACAGAAUCUGCCGGAAAUGCAGGAGUCCCAGGACAAGCAUGUUUGAUCCUGGGCUUGGAAGGUCCCCUGGAGGGGCAUCACAACCCACUCCAGUAUUCUUCUGGAAAAUCCCAUGGACAGAGGAACCUUGUGGGCUACAGUCUAUGGGGUCACAAAGAGUGGGACACGACUGAAGCAAGGAUGCUCACCCACGAAUAGAGUGAGCCCUCAGGAAUGUGGGCGCAGUAGGGAGUGAGUGUUUGGGUGCUGGGCUGGACGAGCCCUCGGGUGACUUGGCUCAACCUCCUGAUUAAAGAAGAGGAAACAGAGGGACCGGCGAGCCUGCCUGAGGCAGAUGUGCCAGCCGGUGGGCUCAUGGGUCAGGACAUGCCGUUUCCAAUUAGUGGGAACCCAGGCCCGGCGUCCCAGGUGGAGACCGCAGGUAGGAGGGGGCCAUGCUGGGGGCCCUCCUUUCCUCCCAGCACCUACGUGAGCUUCCAGAACAAAUCUGGGAAAAUAACCAGUACGGUCACAAAUCUGUUUGCAGGUUUACUGCAGCCGCAUGUAUAUAAAUAACAAAAGACAUCUUUGAAGUCUUGCUGCUCCACAAGUAUGUUGGAAAUGGACUUUUGAAGUGAGACAUGCACAGGGCUCAGCCUGGCUUUUUACAGAUGCAUCCUCACCCAGAAGGGACCCCCCCCCCCACAACUACUCUGACUGGGGGAGCAGAUGGUACUAAAGCAGUCUGUGGAUGAGUGGACAGACCAUGUCCCCAGGACCUGGCCUCACUGCGUCUUCAUCCUGGGCCAGCACUGCUCACUCGGGCUUUCUUUUCAUCCCCCGAGGGGUCCUGUUCAUGCCCUGGGCCAGGAUGGCUGAGUUCCAGGUCCUUCUCUUUCCUUUUUUCAAACGUCCCCAGCCCGGUGUCGGGCUGGACACACAAACAGCUUUUCCAUGGUGCUGCCCCAAACCGGCCCUCCCCACUGGUCUGUGUGUGUGUGUGCGCGCGCAAGCCUACACCUAGAAACACCCCAGCUAGAGGUGCCAGAAGUCACCAGGCCUGUUGAGGACGGGGGGGGUUUGGUGUGCCCGGUCGUCCGCGCCCCCACCAGGGGGUGGCUGUGUCAGCAGCCCCCCUCCGUGUCCACUCCAUCUCUGUCCAUCCAGUGAUGGCGCUCUCC